AUGCCAAUCGACAACCAGAGCCCCGUCCAAAGGGACAGUCAUGAGAACAAAGUUGAACCCCCUCCACAGUCCUUCGGAAGCAAUGUCAAGGAAGUCAUAUUUGGAGCAUUCGACCACAGUGGUAUUCCGCUCGAGGAAGAGGAGUGGCCGGUGCUCAUUAUAGGAUCCAGUAUGGUGGGUAUGAUGACUGGUUUGCUUCUCGGUUACCAUGGCAUCCGAAGCAUCUCGUUCGACAGACACCCUCCUUCGGGCACACAUCCUAGGGCAGCGGGCUUAAAUUAUCGUACUGUUGAAAUCCUUCGUCAACUGGGCUUAGAAAAAGAGGCCCAGGCCGAAAGCGGCAAAGAGUUCGAUAUCGACGCAGGUAUGUUGAUAGUGGAGAAGUUGGUCGGCGGCAAAGUGAUUGCACAAGUACAAGAAAACAACCCUGCCGAAGUCAAAGACGUAACACCAUGCACGAGCUGGCUUUGGAUCACCCAAGCAAUGUUCGAACCUUUGCUACGAGCCAACGCCGGCAAGUUCGGCUGCACACAGAUGUAUGGAAAACUUGUGGUUCACUACGAAGAAGACGAGAGCGGAGUGUUGGUGGUAGUGCAGGAUACUAAAUCCCAAGAAUACAGGAAGUACAGAGCGCAGUACCUUGUCGCAGCGGAUGGCAACCGAAGCAGCACUCGCAUCAAAGAGGGCAUCAAAUUGAGCGGAGCUGGCACUCUGCGCAACAGUCUUUCGAUUCGAAUCGUGGGAGACUUGACUCCGCAUCUAGGUACUCGUUCGGUGCAUGGCGUCGUCUACGUGCUCAAUCCCAACAUCAGCGGAGGGUUUCGGCUCGAGGACCAGGGCAGGGCAGCAAUUGUCAUGGUCAAUAGGGUGGGUGACAAGAAAGACUUCCCCGAAGGCAGCGUUAGCCCUGAAGAGGCGCGCAAGUAUGUAUAUGACCUCUCCGGGCUGCCCGAAGACAUGGAUCUGGAAUUGCAGAAUUGCUCGUACUGGACGAUGACAUCGUACAAUGCAGACAGACUGCAGUCACACGGUGGCCGUGUGCUGAUUGCCGGUGAUGCUGCACAUACUGUCCCACCGACUGGUGGUCUCGGUGGCAACACUGGUAUCGGCGACGCACAUAACCUCGCAUGGAAGCUCGCGUUCGUGCUGAAGGGGCUGGCAUCUCGGACGUUGCUCGACACAUACACCAAGGAGCGACAGCCCGUCGAUGCUUUCGCAGUGGACCAGGCAACAAAGCGCUUCUACAACCGCGUUGAUCAUGUGCAGCCACCGGUACCCGAGGAAGGGAAUUUGACGGUAGAGAUCGGCUAUCGAUAUACGGACGGCGCGGUCGUAGGCGCGGAAGAGGACGGCGCGCGACCACAACAGCCCUUUGAAAAUCCACUCACGCCGUCUGGCACAGCCGGCACGCGGUUCCCCCAUGUGUGGCUGGAGGGCGAGGGUUCAGGGCGCUUGUCGACGCUGGACCUGGUGCGACAGAACCUGGUGCUGGUCGCGGCCGAGCGCAACUCAGCGUGGAUAGCAGCAGCACAAGACGUCUCAUCACGCGGACCGGUCGCAAUUGAUGCAUACGAGCUGCACGAGUCGUCGACGCCCUGGCGCGAUGCUACAGGCGCGCUGCGUGAGAAGGGUAGGCUGCAGGCGGGCGAGGCGCUGCUGGUGCGCCCGGACGGCUUCAUCGCAUGGAGGGCGCGGGCAGCAGGGAGUCUCGUCGACACGUUGCAGUCGGCGCUGCAGGAGCUGCUCGGGAGGCCGGCGUAG